AUGACAACUUUCGAGUCGAUUGAGUCAUUGAAGGAGAGCAUAAAAGCGCAAAAGCAGCUCCUGGAGACAACCGAUUUAUCAAUUAGAAAAAUUACCGGACGUGUGCUCGGCGAGGAAGGGCGCAAUUUUCCUGAAAAUGUCGCCAAGUUUCCGUCUAAACGACCGUCUUUUUCAGGACCUCUUAUGGUUCAGUCAAGAGUUACUGAACCUGCGUAUUCUGCCCCCAAGAGGUCUCUUGCAGACCGCCAAGAGGAGGAUCUUAAUGUUUCCCUACCUUCCUCCGUUGUUCGAGUGAGUGAAAAACGAUCUCGAACUGAUGCUAUGAAAGAAUUGAAGUCUUCAGACCGUGAGCGCAGUGUCCUACAGUCGGACUAUCACAUGUUGCUUAUCUAA